AGUGUCUGAGAGGCAGCGAUUUAGGAGUUUGCAAAGCUCGCACUGUCAGAGAAUCGCCACGGACUCCAAACAAAGAUCAAUGCAGUGCCAGCUUUGCAUGGCACAGUAAGUAUGAAAAGUGGAGGUGAAUGCACCGAGACCCCCACCAUGCCAAGUACAUAGAGCAGCUGUCGUUCAAAAGUCAGGGAGAGCCGACUGCCAAAAGACAUCGAAUAAGGUGUUUGGCUUCCGUCCUCUUGGAUACGUCGCCUAUCAAGUGGGGCAAGGAUCAAGUGGGUGCAAUUGACAGCUCGAAAUAUGGAAGAGCAGAAAGAUCAAAACAUCCGCGUGGAGAGUAGAGAGCCGAGCGAGGCGGAUCGCGUUUCUAUCUCUCCUCCUUUCCAGUCGCCCCAAAUACAGCCCCAUCCAGCGGCGCAGCAGCCGCACAGAAACACUAACUUUUUUAUUGAUAAUAUUUUGAGGCCGGACUUUGGGUGCAAGAAGGAGAGAGAUCGGGCGCAGACGUCUGGGAGAGAAAACGUCAACCCGCUCACAAGGCCGUCAAAUGCAUCAAGUCUCAGUCCGGAUUCAGAUUGUAGUGACAGUUCCUCGCAGCCAUCUAAGCAGUCUCAACCAAAGCAAAACGAAGGCAAUGGAACUAAUUCGACAAAGUAUGCAGAAAACACUGGCUCGGCGCUUAUGCUUGUGGGGGCUAAUGCAGAACCUAUAUCCAACAGUGAUGGAAACAAAUCGGCAUCAUCAGCGGCUUUAAUGUGGCCUGCCUGGGUUUAUUGCACUAGAUAUUCAGACAGACCGUCCUCUGGUCCCAGGACUAGAAAACUGAAGAAGAAGAAGAGUGAGAAAGAAGACAAGCGGCCACGGACUGCGUUCACGGCCGAGCAGCUGCAAAGACUCAAAGCAGAGUUCCAGACCAAUCGUUACAUCACCGAGCAGAGGCGGCAAACUUUAGCACAAGAACUAAAUCUGAACGAAUCCCAGAUCAAAAUCUGGUUCCAGAACAAGAGGGCCAAGAUCAAGAAAGCCACUGGCCUGAAGAAUGGCUUGGCUCUUCAUCUAAUGGCCCAGGGACUUUAUAAUCAUUCCACAACAACAGUUCAAGGCGAAAAGGAGGAGAGUGACUGAUGUUCCGUUUUAUGCUGUUGAAAUAAAGGACUGUGACAGGUGCUAUUUAAAUUGGAUCUGCGUGUAUCUAUAUGGACUGAAUUAUAAUACAAGCAUUUUAAAAUUAUAUAUAACCAAACACAUUAUGACGUUGUAAAUAUUUUAUUUCAGGUAAGGAGAUGUCUAGAGAUCACUGCUUGACCGAGAUUUUAUCAUUUCCGUUUUCAAUGUUGUCGCUAAUUGUUUUAGUCAAUGUCAGAUCUAGAGAUUUUAUGUGAAUCCGGUCUUUUCUGAACUUAUUCAGAAAUAUAAACUGACUACGUAAUGAAUCGCCGCUACAUGCCAAAGAUUUUACUAUGUUGAGAAAUGAUGUAGCUUCAAAUAAAGUGUAGAUUGUGCUUGGAGCACAUUCUGACUAAUGGCUUGGUAUCGUA